AUGCUUAUUAAUAAACAAGAAGAUGAAAAAUCUACUUUGAAAUUAAUAUAUCCAACUUCAGAUUAUAUAUAAAACUAAACUAAAGCAGGUCCAGAAUAUGCAAAUCCUUUAUUUCUUAGAAAGUAAUAAUUUGAAAAUCCAAAAUUUCCAAAAAACAUUUUUUAUAAAUAUCAAGGCUCUAAUUAUUAUUUUUGGCAUGCUGGUAAUAUUCCUCAUUUAAAAGUGAUAAUAAUAACUAGUUUAGAUGAAAAAAUAGAUGAUAAAACAUCAAUAUAUAUUGGUAGCCAUAAUUUUAGUUAAGCUGCUUGGGGAAAAUUAGAAAAGAAUGCUACCUAACUUUUUAUAUCCAAUACAGAAUUAGGUGUUUUAUACCCUCCUAAAAAAGAUUCAGCUAAAUUUAAAUAAUAAAUUAUUGAACAACUAUCAUUUAAAUUUCCUCCUGAUAAAUAUGAAAAAACAGAUUAACCUUGGAUAAGUGAAGUUUACUAUGAAUAAUUAAUAUGA